AUAACACAUUAAUUAAAAUGUCGUAUACGAGUGAAUUGUCUCGUUCUAAAGAAUACCAAAGUUUUCGUAGUUCUGUGCCUUUAAGAAAAAUUGUUGUUGACACAGAUGGAACAAAGGGAUGGAAAAUAUAUGAUUCUGGUCCUAAAACUAUUAAAUGUCCAUUAAUUUGUCUUCCACCUGUUAGUGGUACUGCAGAUAUAUUUUUUAAACAGAUAUUAAGCCUCACAGCAAAAGGAUAUAGGAUCAUAUCAGCAGAACCUCCAGUGUACUGGAAUGUAAAGGAAUGGUGUGAUGGAUUCAAAAGACUUAUAGAUUACAUGGAAUUGGAUAGAGUUCACUUGUUUGGAGCUUCUCUAGGAGGUUUUUUAAUCCAAAAGUUUGCAGAAAUAAAUGCUCACUGCCCACGUGUUGCUUCAUUAGUUUUGUGUAAUACUUUCAGUGAUACAUCUGUUUUUAGUUAUAAUGAAUCAGCUGCAUUAUUUUGGGUUUUACCAUCUUUGCUUCUGAAAAAAAUGGUAAUGGGUAAUUUCACAACGAAUAAAGUUGACAAUGAUAUGAUUGAUGCCAUCGACUUUAUGGUUGAAAGGCUGGAGACAUUAAGUCAAGCUGAGUUAGCCUCUCGACUAACAUUGAACUGUAUUAAUUGCUAUGUAGAACCGCACAAAAUGGGUGAUUUGCCAGUCACAAUCAUUGAUGUUUUUGAUGAAUAUGCACUUUCCAAUAUUGUAAGAGAAGAAAUGUAUAAAUGUUAUCCAAGUGCAAAAUUAGCUCAUUUAAAAAGCGGAGGAAAUUUUCCAUAUUUAAGUCGCUCUGCCGAAGUUAAUUUACAUCUACAGAUUCAUUUGAGACAAUUCGAGGGAACUGAUUUAACAGCUACCCACAUAAGCACAACUGUUCAAAACAAUGAAAAUACAGAAUAAGUCAAGAUUUAUUCUUUAAUUUUAUCAGAAAAUUUUCCUUCAUUAAAUAUAAAAGGAAAAUAAAUGACUCUAUUCGUGAAUUACUGAUAUACAAAAAAGUUUAUCAGUGACGGUAACCAAAUAAAUUGCGAUAAAUAUUGAUAUAAUCAAUUAAUUUUUAUUUUUUUACGAUUAUGAUUAUUACAUAAAUAAUUUAGACUAUUUUUGUCAUUACAAAGAAUAUAUUUACACUUUUUUAGAUUUAUUAUAGUUCGUGGUGAUAUUAAUAAAAGCAUAAAUUUUUUUAAUGAAUUUUAUUCAGUUUUAUUUCAAUGUUAUAGGCAAUAAUUGAUAACUUAUGUAAAAUUAGAAUGAAUAGAUCAGUACUAACAGAACCAGUAGAAGAAGUGUGAUUGCGAACAGAGAAACUUAUUAAAUACUCUAAAGUCUUUGACAAUACCAAAUUUUGCCAUGACAAAAAGAAAAUUCUAUUGUUAAAUUAUUAUUAGAAUAUUCUUCUUAAAGAAAGUGAUUGAUUGUAAAUUGUGCCAAAUUUGUAAAUAAUUAUAAUAUUAUAAACAAUUAUUUGUAGAAACACAUUGAUUUAUUACGAAUAUAAUAAACAUAAAA